AUGAACGAGGACCAGCAGGCAGACAACGACGCACUCGCAUCUGCCGUCGCCGCCGCAGAGGCUGCAGAGGCCCAUCAGCUCAGCCUCGAGCACCCGCACCACUUUCAUCAUACCCUCCAGCAGCCCGACUUUGGCCAGCACAAGGAUGGGGACGAGCAUGAGCUGGGCGUGCAUGGGCUGAGUAUACCGACGGUGGAUGAUCACCACCAGCAUCAUCUUGAUCAGCAUGGGGAGCUGGACCUGCAGAACCUCGGGGGGAUGGGCACGCCGGGGGAUAUGGGCGGGCUGGAUAUGGGCGAUAUGGAGCAGCAGCAUGAAGUGUAUUCUUCCGGCAGACCGCCCAGUAUUCGAAAGGCGUGUGAUUUGUGCCAUGCGGCGAAACAAAAAUGUUCAGGCGACCGCCCCUCAUGUACGCGCUGCUCCGCCGGCGGCUGGCCCUGCAACUACGCCCCCCGCCAGCGCCGCCGUACCGUCCCCAAAGACCAAAAGCACCACCACCACCACCAGCACACCCACCACGCCGCGGCGCACAUUCAUCAUGCGAUGGACAUGCAGCAGCACCAGCCGAUGCCGCAGAGCAAGAAACGCAAGCUGACGCGAGAUGCGAUCCCGAGCUUUGGAGGGGAUGGGAUGGAUAUGAAGAUGGCGAUGGGGAUUGCGAUGGAUAUGGGGAUGGGGGUGGAGGAGGAGAAUGAAGAGUUGCAGACCAUGACGGAUGAGCAAAUGCUCGAGAGCAUUGCGAUCGAUGGAUACCUGUCCGACCUCCCGCUCGGCAGUUUCGUACACAACCUCCCCUACUCUACCUCCCCCGACCACGUCUUUCCCGACGACUUCCCCUCGGCCUCCUCCGACCCCUUCCCCACCGCAGACAUGGACCAACACACCACCUCCGCCCUGCGUGACGCCAUCUUCUCCCUCAACGAGUCUUCUGCCGCCGGUACAGGCCAAGAAGGCGAAGGCAACGGCGAGCACGGCGAAUCCGGCGAGACCGGUGAAGGCGAGCAGCUGGAUCCGCACCUCGCCCUGCUGGACCUGUCGAAUAUGAAUGGCGAAAACGAAGCUGCCGAGGGGCACGAUCCCACUUCCGGCCUCAACCUCGGCGACUUUUCUCCCCAGGGAUGUAAUCACCGUCAACUCGUACCCCACAUUCUCUCCCUCCUCACCCAACACACGCUCGACCCGAAACAGGGCUCGAAUACGCCGUUGACGCUGGCGGUGUUUGCGCCUUUGGCACGGUCGUUGCGGUUGUUCAACUCGCUUUCCAUUUGUCCCACCUGCCUCUCUUCUCCCAGGGAAACGCUCCCCCAACUAAGCCUCCUCUCCCGCACCACAACCCUCCUCACAUUCCCCCACCCCCCGAUCCCCUCUUCCUCCCUCGGCUCCUCCGCCCAAAUCACGAUCCACGGCGCCCGCAUAUCCGGCACCGGCCUCUCUGAAGCGAUCGAGCAGCACAUUGUCGGCGUCGUCUGGGACUCGUGGAGGGCGAGUGUGAGGGAGGUCUUUCAUGCGCUGGAUAAGAAGGCGCAGGAGGUGAUCACGGCGAGUGCGCAUGCGGCGAUGCAUCCCGGGGAGGGACAGGCGGUGGGGAGUUUGGAGAAGCAGAGGGCGGGGUUGAUUUUUCAGGCGGUUUCGAGGUUGGUCACUGCUAUGGAUGAGGUGGAGGGGAAUUAG